AUGGCGUCGACGUCGAAGCAUGCGCACCGUGCUGCCGCUUCAGUCGCUCGCUCAGCUCGACAGAUUCUAGCGAGAGGGUCGUCUCGGUUCCCAAUGCUCCUAUCAGACCAAAGUCUCAUGUCCCAUACCCGAGCUGUUUCGCCGAACAAGAUCAUCCCAGCUAGGCCCUUCAGCUCAUCGAUAGCUACGCGAAGGGUGCAGCGAUCCGUCUCCACCGGUCCAGCAUUAGCCGCACAAAAGCCAGAUCAUGAAAAGGACAACGAUGAGCUCCGCUCUCUCUUCGACGCGCCGCCCUCGUCCUCGUCCGCCAACCACCUUCGCUCCUCCGGACCAUCGACAGGUCUCUUCGAGAUUCCAUCGCUCACUUCGCCACAGAACUUCCUCGUGCUCGCUCAACAGACACUCGCACGAGCACAACUUCUUGUCGAUCGCAUCGACCGUGCCAGUUCCGCCGACGCCAGCACACCAGAUGGGGCCCAAGAACUCAGCGAGGUCGUACGCAACCUCGACCGGCUCAGCGAUCUUCUCUGUGGAGUGAUCGACAUGGCAGAGCUGGUACGCAACGCCCAUCCUGACCCCGAGUGGGCGGAAGCAGCCAACGCAGCGUACGAGUAUCUAUGCGGCUACAUGAACGUCCUCAACACCCACACUGGGCUAUACAACGUGCUCAAGAGCAUCCUGUCCAAUCAGCAGAUCGCUGGGAAGCUCUCGCGGGAGGCGACCGCUGUAGCGCAGGUGUUUUUGCGAGACUUUGAAAAGUCUGGAAUUCACCUGCCACCAGCUGAGAGGGAACGUUUCGUGCAGCUCAGCGACGAGAUUUUGGUUCUCGGUCGUGGGUUUCUGCAGGACAUUGCAGGGAAUGAUGCUUCGGACGACUUUGCCAAGAAUGCAAGUGCCAAAGCAGAUGCGGACAAGUCGGAUACGGUCGAAGUGCCAACUCAUUGGUUGGAGGAGGUCAAUCCUACGGUACUAAAGGCUAUCCGAGCAAGCGCGAUUACAGAUCGCGAUGGUCUGCUCACCUUUUCCGCUGCGGAUCAACCUUGGGUAUUCCAGACGUUUCUCAAGUACGCACCAGACGAGAGAGCACGCAAAGUCGCCUUCCGUGCUGCCAACUACGGCAGUCAAGCUCAGGUCCAACGACUAGAACGACUCCUCAAAGCGCGUGCAGAGCUAGCUACCCUCACCGGCGCCGCUUCCUACGCCGAAAUGGCGCUUGGAGACAAGAUGGCCAAAGAAGCGCAAAACGUCGAGGAAUUCCUCCGCGCCCUCACCGACCAUCAUCGCCCACGCGCCUCGCAAGACCUGGACAAGCUUCGACAUCUCAAGCAUACUUCGUCCGUCACCACGGCCAGCAAACCCGAUUCCAUGUUCAACCCGAACCCGACUCUUCCGGACUUUGCACCUUGGGAUCGAGACAUGUACACCGAGCAGCAUUUCCGCUCACCGUCGCUGCGCAGCGUCCAGCCUCUCUCGCCGUAUCUGAGUGUGGGGUCCGUGUUCGCUGGGUUGUCGAGGAUGUUUUCGGCGCUGUACGGGAUCAGGUUUAGAGCGAGCAUGGUUGCACCGGGAGAGGUGUGGAGCGAAGGAGCGGGCGAUGUGAUGAAGGUGGAGGUGUUGGAUGAGAGCGAGGGGGCGAAGGGGACAAAUGGAUCUGCGGAAGGAUUGAUCGGGACCAUCUACGCGGAUCUUUGGAGUCGAGAGGGAAAACCUGGCGGAGCAGCGCACUACACUGUGAGGUGUUCGAGAAGAGUGGACAAGGACGAUGAAGCCGGUGACUUCAAGUAUGGACGUGCUGAGGAUGGUCGCGCGCUCAACCCGGAAGAUCUCGGAGGAAAGGGAUACGGGAACCCUCUGCAAGCGCCAACGUUUGAACAGCGGGAGCGAGCAGGACGAUACCAACUACCGGUUGUCGUUCUCAUGUGCGAUUUCGCUCGACCUGGAAACGGUGCCUCAGGACCGUGUCUUUUGGGAUGGCAUGAAGUCGAGACUCUGUUCCACGAGAUGGGUCACGCCAUCCACUCGAUGAUCGGUCGAACAUCGUACCACAACGUAUCCGGCACACGAUGCGCCACUGACUUUGUCGAGCUACCAUCCAUCCUGAUGGAACACUUCGUCUCUUCCCCGCAAGUCGUCUCCAUCCUCGCUCGCCACCACUCCACCGGAGCCUCUCUCCCCUUCGAGCAUCUCUCCGCCCACCUCUCCGCCUCCAAAUCUCUCGAAGGCCUAGACACCUACCACCAGAUCCUACUCGCCCGACUCGAUCAACUCUACCACUCUCCCCUCGCCGCCUCCCCCACCUUCUCGUCCACCUCCACCUACGCCUCCCUCGACUCUGAGAUGCAGCUUCCCGGAGCAUCCUCUCUAUCGUACACCGAGGGAGCGUUCCCGCAGGUUCGAUUCGGACACCUGUUCGGGUAUGGUAGUACCUACUACUCGUAUCUGCUGGAUCGGGUGAUUGCGAGCAAAGUGUGGAAUCGAUUGUUCGCCGAGGAUCCCUUGGAUAGGGAGAAGGGGGAGUUGUUCAAGAAGGAGUGUUUGAAGUUCGGUGGUGGUAAGGAUCCAUGGCAUAUACUGGCGGAUGUGUUGAAGGAAGAAGGUGUCAGGGAUGGUGAUAAGAGAGCUAUGGAGGAGGUUGGAAAAUGGGGUAUCGAAUAG